AAAAUCAGUUUAUUUUUUAUGGAUAUAAAUUAAAAUUUCAAUUAAAAAUAUGCCUAAUUUUGCAACGGAAAAUCUCGAAAUUUUCAUCAAUGAUGUUCUAAAGGAGGAUCUCAAAUAUCUAGAUCGUUACAUUACAAAAUACAAUGAGGAAAUUAUGGAAUUCGUACAGUUAAAAAACACAAUACAAACAUUGCAAGAACAUCAGCCUACAGGUUAUAAAACUCAAAUGAAUAUUGGUGCAAAUUUAUUUAUGGAAGCAAAAGUUGAUGACCUUAAUACUAUACUAGUAGAUAUAGGCAAAGGUGUUUUUAUACCAUUCACGUUGGAAGAAGCGCUUCGUUUCAUUGAUUUUAAAAUAAAAAUUUUGACCAAAGAAUGUGAUGUGCUGCGUGAGGAAAGUAUUAAGAAACGUUCCGAACUCAAAGUGACGUUAAUGUAUAUAGCGGAAGAGGAGAAGUUGAAUGAAAUAGAAAAUCCGUAAUAAAUUUUAAUGCAAUUUUAAAGAAAUUCCAUUUAAAUUUCUAUUCAGAUAGUUAGCUCAUGUUUCGCAGAAGGGGCAAUUUAAGAAAGAUGAGAAAAAUAAACCUAUUGGCAUGGAUCUUGUUCGUUGAAUGGCUACAUAAUAACUGGUGCAUAUAUAUAUAUAUAUCUAUAUAUUCAGUAUGACGCCUAUGUUUGGCUAAUGGAUGAUGAGCAAAGAAAGGAGAUCGAAUAGAAUUUUAUUGGUUAUAGUGAUUGGAUAUACGAAAAGAGCUUAACUUACACAGCAUUUGAUCAAGUAUUUGUAGACUGACAUAAAAUUCAACAUCAAUUGGAAUACUUACUGCGUAUAAACUUCAAAUUUUCUUGUACCUAUCUACCUACAUGCCUCCAUAUGGAUGCUAGUAAACAUCGGCGAUACAUUGCUUUGUGCAGAGAUCACGCACAAGGCAUCCUAAUCCAUAUUGGCGGUGCCGAGAAGUAGAAGGUUUUUUUCCUCUCGUCAUCUAAUAUUCAUUUCAAAAAAAGUUUCAGAAUAUGUUUUCAAUCGCAGAUAUGUAAGUUUUUCAAAUUUCUUUCUAACAAGCGAGAUUGCAAACGGCCGCAAGAGAUAUUUCUAUCAGGCAGGGCUGCGGAUACAUUGCAGCCACUAUCAAAUUUUUUCUGUCAUUUACGCCUAUGUGUAUGUUACAAAUUUUUAACACAAUUUCUCCAAUCAUGCUUCAGCAAAAGAGAGACAAAUGCGUGGAUGGACGGACUAGCUUUGUCAAGUCGGGUAGGAAGCUUUCGAUGUUUAAAAAUAGCAUGCAGGGUCUCUAAUGCAUACUAAAGGGCAAAAUCGAUUUGAGAAAGGGUCACGCCUUAGUGAUUACAAAAUGAUGAACGUAUUAAGUGUUCUAGCAGGACCAGUUCACGUAGCUUAUAGUUUUUUCUAUAUUGGAUGGUUGGUCGUGGACUAGAUGCAUCUUCAAAUUUGAUCUACCGCUCGUCAUCCUGUAUAUUUUUGGGAUUUUGAUCGAGCUAAUAAGACGCGCAUAUGAAAGACGUACGCUUGAGCACAAUUAAAUUGACGGCGAAUGUUUCAAAGGUCAGGAUAUAUGGAAGUUCUAAUGGACUUUGU